AUGGCAUCGGCUUCAACUUCAUCCGUUGAAAAGAGUUACACAUAUGACGUUUUUGUAAGUUUCAGGGGUAAAGACUUACGCCUGAGUUUUGUCGAUCAUCUUUUCGAAGCUUUUCGGAAAAAAGGCAUUAUUGUGUUCAAAGAUGAUAAAGACAUCGAGGUCGGAGAAAAGAUCAGUGACGAGCUCCCCAAAGCCAUCAAAGAUUCCAAAUUUCACAUGGUUAUUUUCUCCAAGAAAUUUGCAGAUUCUUAUUGGUGCUUAAACGAGCUCGUGGAGAUCCUAAGAAUAUGCCAGAACCCGGAGGAGGAGGAGAAGCGAACUUUUUACCCGGUCUUCUAUGAUGUGAAGCCCAGCGAAGUCCGUCACCAAAAGGGGACGGUUGGAGAGGCGUUUAAAGUACACUCGGGCAAUGAGGCUGCUGGGAGAUGGAGGGCUGCUAUGGCAGAAGCAGCAUCUCUGGAAGGGUGGGAGUUGUCCAAAACUGCUGACGGUUUGCAGCGCAUUCUUGAUGUGAAAGAUAUUCAACUGCAGACCGCUCGAGAUGUGAUGGUGAAUAUAGAAAACCAAGUGCAGCUUCUUCGGUAUGAAUUGUCUUCCCUGCAGGCUAAAUAUAGAAAGGUGAUGACGGAAGUAAUUCCUUUUGUGUAUCACUUGACCAAGAUGAAUCCGUAUUCCGGGAAAUCUCUUAUCGAUCAAGCUGCUCGUGAGGAUUUUGAUAUUUAUAAAAUAUGUCCGGAUUCUUCACCCGAGUCGUAA